AUGAUUCCAACUAAUGUAUCUCAAUUGGCUCAUGACAAAUUUCAUGCAGCCAUUUCUUCUCGAGAUUUGAUAUACACUGAAACUCCAUCGUCAAUAUGUUAUGAUUCGAAAACAAAUAUGAACUAUUGGAUAAUCUUAAAACCAAAUUUCGCAGUGAAACCCGAGUUUGGUGAUACACCAAAGGACGACGAUCCACUCGCUAGAGAUGAACCUGAAUUGACAAUCUUGAAAGACUUAGAUGGAACUAAUGAGUUUAAGCUCGUUUUAAAUAAAUUUCCUAUAAUGGAAAAUCACUGUUUAUUAACGACUAACAGCUUUAAAGAUCAAACGUCAAAACUAACACCCUCUGAUUUACUUACUGCAUACAAUCUUAUCACUCUAAUGAAUGAGACUCAUAAGUACAUGGUAAUAUAUAAUUCCGGUCCAAGUUCAGGAUCUUCUCAAAAACAUAAGCAUUUACAGCUAAUUCAAUUACCUGAAGACUUCACACCGUUCCAAGACAAAUUACCCAAGGGUGCAAUAAGUGAUUCGAACGUUUCAUUUGCUCACUUUACUUUACCCUUGUCAGGGAAUCCGCAUGCUAAUACUCUUCACGAGUGUUAUUCCUCCUUACUUACUAUGACUCAGAAUUACCAUAGCAGUACUCCUCUAUCUUACAACUUCAUAAUGACUAAAAAUUGGAUGUGUCUUAUCCCACGUUCAUCAAUUAAAGCAAAGUCUAUUGAUAUAGGUUUUAAUUCAAUCGCUUAUGCAGGGUUAGUCCUAGUAAAAUUCAAGCACAUGUACGAUGAUCUGACUUCAAAUCCUGACUUACUUGAUAAAUUACUAUUAGAGUGUGGAUUUCCAAAUCCAUCAAAAUAA